AGAUACAGAUGCCUGGGCUCAGAGGCAGUGAGUGGGGCUGAGAUUUCAGUCCUGCCUGGGGACUUCAUGCUAGGAUGGCCCUGCAGUCACUGGCUCUGAAAUUUCUCCUGGCCCUUGCCUCUCUACUGUCAGCACAAGGCCAGGAAGGAUUUUUCAACAUCCAAAUAGUGCCUCAGGGAACAGAAAUGUGCCAAAGGCCCCCAUGGGACUCCAGACUCCAGCUGGCACCAGACCAGGAGAAUUAUAAGAAGAAUGAAGAGGUGAUGUUGAGCUGCCCUGAAGGUUUCCAGCCAUCUUUCACCCAUGUCAAAUGUUCUAGUGAAGUCCAGUCCUUCACUGGUGGGAAACCUGUAUACAGAGAGGUCUGGACUGGAAGAAACUCCAGAGGUGUCUGGGUCCGCAUUCGGACCAGUGUGGAGUGCAGUGAGGUCCUCCAGGUUGACCCCAAGACCUUUGAGAUUUCCAGCACCAGCAUCAAACUGAAGUGGACCUGCAGGUUCCCUGAUGCCUGCCAGGGCAUGAGGGCCAUGUGCCGGCUGGCAGAGCCUUCCUCCCCUCCCUGUGAGCCUGAGGAGGUGAAGGGAGAGCAGAUGUUACAUGGCCAGGAGGGAACAUUCACCUGCUCCCCUUUGCAGCCCUUCACUGAGUACAGUGUCACCAUCGGCUUGCCCCCCAACACAACCCUUUUCUCAUGGUUGUUCACGACACAGGAAGCAGUGCCGGACAAACCCGAGAAGCUGUGGCUGGAUCCCAACAGGGGCUCUCUCAGGUGGAACUCGCUGUCCUCUUGCAACGGGGAGAUCAUUGGAUACCAGCUGAGCAUCACAGCCAGGAACGCAGGCGACAGCAGCGUGCUGGAGACGGAGCGCCUGCGGCUCAAUGGCUCCGUCACUGAGCACCGGCUGCCGGAGCACGGCCCCGGCAGCAGCUACGCCGUGGCCAUCCGGGGACUGACGGCUGCCGGAGCCGGGCCUGCCUUGACGAGGGAGUUUCCCCCCGGCAGCUCCGACGCCCCGCGUCCCCAGGGCAUCAUCGGCUGCCGCAGCGCCCGCGACAUCGCCGCGUCCCACGGGACGGCCGUGCUUCCCCUGCGCCCCAUCGCCCGGGCCUCCGAGGCGGCCAGGGAGCACCAGCUGAUCGUGGCCGCCACGCACAACGCCUCGGUGAUCGAGAGCAUCUGCUCGGGGCAGCCGCAGCUCUUCAACGCCACCACGUACCUGGCCGCCGUCCUCAACCUCACCGCCCCCACGGACUUCGUGCUGGGCGACGGCAGCCGCGGGCAGGGCCAGCACAACGCUGCCCUGCGCCCGGGCUGCGACUACACGGCCCUUCUGCGCCUCGCCCGCCUCUCGCCGCAGGCAGAGAAGUUCACCUGUGUCUGCUACAGCUUCUCUGUUGUUGCAGGGCAGACUGCAGGCCAGUGGCAUGGGAUUGUGAUUGGACUGGUUGUGCUGUUUGCAGUCCUCCUUGUGGCUGCAGUCAUCCUGUGGUUUGUGCUCUCCAGGAAAAGGAAGUAUUUGCCCAACAGAAAUAAAGAGGUUAACUAAAAAGGAAAAGGUGGCUCGGCUGGAGAUCAGUCACUUCAGCCCCAGCCAGGAUCAUAGAGACAUCCAGAACAGCAAAGACUUGGAGAAAAUGGGAAGGAUCACCCCAGCCCGGUGCUGAUGGCUGCCAUGUCCCCUGGCUCUCCUGUGACUGUGACCAGCAUGGGGGUCCCAUGCAAUUCAUCCAAUUCUACAGGGCAAGAGGAAAACAGAAGGCCAAGGAGGGUUGGGCUUUUUCAUUCCUCAGCCCCUUUACCUCAUAGGUUUUGCUUACUGCUUUUGUAAGGCCUUUGAAUCUGGCUUUCUAUAAUCCUUUUUUUCCGGGCUUUUCAUUCAUUGUUGCUUUUCUAGAAGCAGAACUUGUGUGCUGGAUUUCCCAGUCCCAGACUCACACAAGCUCAAGCUGAUGGCAUUCUCUUGCUGUCCUCUGAGUUCCCAACCCUUCUGCCCUCUCUGUUUUUAUUUAGCCAAACCCAGGGCUUUUCUUAUCUUGGCUGGACUGCUUUGUGACUCUGCCUGGACAAUAAAUAAAGGUUUAUGGUUUGGAGGGGCUGCCUGUCCCACACAGC